CCAGGAGACCCGAAUCCGAAUGGUGAGGGGAUACAUACAGAAGGCGGAGGAGAUGCGCAACCGCAGCACACAGCAGGCGGUGACCUUCUCUCGGAUAUCCUCACGCGUAUAGCGCGGCCAGGAUCGCAGCCCACACAGGCGUCUCCCACGGGUGGUUCCUUCGACGAGCCGCAGCAAAUGCAGCAAGGAACGGCGCAACCCACGCCAGGCCUCACCGCUCCCGGCGCACAGCCUACUCUCGUCCUAGGCGAGCCGAUAACACUUGGUCCUGCGACCUUGACGCUGACUCCUGGGCUGUCCACCACCGUCGGAACGGGAUCUACUGCUGUAUAUGUGGGGAUUACCAUAAACACAGCCGGUCAGACCAUCAUUACCGUUAGCUCUAGCGGCACCGCGGUUACCGCUACCAUCACAGAUGCGCCGGCCACAGUGACUCUCCCCAGGACAGGCUUCGAUGCAAGCAUCACAGGCGCUGCAAGGCCAGGCGAGCACGAUAGUUCCAGCGCUGGCGGGGUAGCCGCUACAACUUCGAGCAAGGCGGGCGCCAUGGAGCGUAUAGAGACGAUGGAUUGCUGGGUAGGCAUAGUUUUGGGCAUCAUGGGACUUGGCAUUGCGUUAUAGGGCAUAAUCGGGUAUCCUGGGUGGGAAUUUGCCAAUGCAAUUUGCAUGAUCUGGCGUCGGGAAAAUGAUACCAUGGCCAUCUGGGCGCAAACCGGAUCACAAUGUACCCAUGUAGUGAACGCGUUCACGCGUCGGCACGUGACCGCGCGCUGU